AUGGCGGCUAUAUACGAACACAAGGAGCCCAUAAAACUAGAUCCCGUGCCUGGUUUUGUGGUGAAGACCAAAAUUGUGGAUGGACUGGGCGAUCAUCUCUAUUCUACCAAAGUCUUCAUAAAUAUAUGCCAUGAUGUGCAAGUGCCCAAGCCAAGUGACGAGUUUGAGCCGGAGAAAAUAUUCCCAAAGAUCGUCAAUAACGAAUGGGAGGUGCCAAUCAUUGUUUCGCCCGAAAAAACCGCCAAGGACAAGAAAGGCGUGCCCUCUUUCGUGUAUGACUGUUGCAUCAAUAGUGAGUGUUUCCAAUGGGUGCAAUUGAAUAAGGAUUUGCGGUUAAUAGUGGUGGAAUGGUGCAUUGAAGCGAUCGAGAUGAUGUAUGCCUUGGUUUUGGAGCGCGAGUAUUCCUUGCCCAAGAUGUUGAGCAAAGGCGAACUUUCACGCACCGAAAUCUCGCCCGAAGAGUUGAAAAACGGCCUUCAGACCCGGCUACAAGAGUUGAAGCAGAAUGAACAGCUUGCAUUGGUGCAGGAGCUUGAACCGGAGAGCGAUUCGGAAACUUUGCCCAGCCUUACGGAUAUCCAGGGAACCAAAAGCCGGCCCCUAAUACAGGAGAUCAGUGACAUGUCUAUUAGUGGGUCGAGCGAGAGAGAACACAAGGAGGCUAAGGGCACGGAAAAGAAACAGACACAGAAGAGUAUGGCCAUACACAAUGGGAUCUCGGAGACAAAACCCAUCUCGUACACAUUUACUGUCUCGUCCAAAACGAGCGGCGACCACUUUUAUCUCAAAUUCACAUCGCCUGAGCUUGCACCCAUGCUUCAAGUCACUGCUGGAGAGAACACAAUCAACAUUACAAAUUCUAAUCCGGAACGGAAACUAGGAACUACAAACACAUUGCAAUUUGGCAUUCCCAAAAACGCCACACCUUAUAAGUGCUUCAUAGUGGACAAAGAAAAGUCACUUUAUGUGUUCUGUUUGCUCCAGUGA